GGCGGGGGGAGGUGGGGGCGUCUCCGACCUUUGCGCGGGGGCGGGCCGGCAGGUUUGGGAGAGGCUGCGUGAGCUAGGAAGCCGAUGCGGGCGAGCGGCGCUGGAGAUGGCUUCGGCUGGAGGCGGCCACUGCGAGGGCGCCGCGCACGAGGCCGACCGUCCUCACCAGCGGCCCUUCUUGAUCGGGGUGAGCGGCGGUACCGCGAGCGGCAAGUCAACUGUGUGCGAGAAGAUCAUGGAGCUGCUGGGACAGAAUGAAGUAGACCACCGGCAGCGGAAGUUGGUCAUCCUGAGUCAAGACAGGUUCUAUAAGGUCCUGACCACGGAACAGAAGGCCAAGGCCUUGAAGGGACAGUACAAUUUCGACCACCCAGAUGCUUUUGAUAAUGAUUUGAUGCACAGGACUCUGAAAAACAUUGUGGAGGGCAAAACAGUCGAGGUCCCAAUCUAUGAUUUUGUGACCCACUCAAGGUUAGCGGAGACCACGGUGGUCUACCCGGCAGACGUGGUCCUGUUCGAGGGCAUCCUGGUCUUCUACAGCCAGGAGAUCCGGGACAUGUUCCACCUGCGACUCUUUGUGGACACUGACUCUGAUGUCAGGCUGUCCCGAAGAGUUCUCCGGGACGUGCACCGCGGCCGGGACCUGGAGCAGAUCCUGACGCAGUACACCACUUUCGUCAAGCCGGCCUUUGAGGAGUUCUGCCUGCCGACACAGCUGCCCCAGGGCUUGGUCCCGCCCGCCCCCGUGGCUAAUCUGUGUGACAGGCCUCCUUGGCCCAGAUCCACACGCUGGCAACACUCAGCUGUCUGCAGGUCUGUCUCUGGGCCCAGACCGUUUCCUCCCUUGCCUCCCUCCGCUGCUUCAGAUUCGGCCCCCUCGGCAGCAUCUGGUUGGGGUCCCUCCUCGGUGGUGCCACAGGGUGCCCAGCAGGGAACGAAGAAGUACGCUGAUGUGAUAAUCCCUCGAGGGGUGGACAAUAUGGUGGCCAUCAACCUUAUCGUGCAGCACAUCCAAGACAUCCUCAACGGCGACAUCUGCAAGUGGCAUCGCGGAGGGUCCAACGGGCGCAGCUACAAGAGGACGUUUCCUGAGCCGGGAGACCACCCCGGCGUGCUGACCUCUGGCAAACGGUCGCACCUGGAGUCCAGCAGCAGGCCCCACUGAGGGGUGGAGUGCUCAGCUCCCGGCAGGUCCAGAGAUGCCCCCCUACCCCUAAACACACGACCGUGGCCGGGGUGGUGCUGGAGUCCAGGCGUCCCUCGUUAAUUCAGGAAACCUGGACGAGUUAUUCAGACUGGGUCUGACAGGAUGUCUGCAGGCAGCCCUGACCUUUCCACCCGCUUCCUCACAUCACAGAGGCUUAAAGGUCUCUUUAGUUACCGAGAAACGCCACAGAACGUGUGGUGAGCAAGUCACAUAUUUUGGGGAACCCUGACGAAAUAGCCCGGACGCUGUGAUUUUGACGGUGAACCCACAGCAAGAGAGACUAGUAUGAUCUGGUUCACACACGUGUAACUGAAAAGUGUGAAGAGCUAACACUCUUCCUUUUUAUGCGUUAUACAACCACACGUUUUCUGUUUUAGCCUGUCUCCUAACACCAUGCUCGCUGUGACCUACUUACCCAAUUUCAUGACCCACCAGCAGGGUCGUGCUCCUGGUACACACUGACCUGGUACACACUGACCUGGUACACGAGGGGCCAUAGAGAGGCUUCCUUCCUUCCGGCCUGUGCUCUGAAGGCAGAGCCAGGAGGGAGCCCUGGGGAGCAAGCUUUUCCUUAACCAGCACCAAACACGCAGGCGGGGGGCCCCCGCUUGCCCAGCCUGAGUCUGCCUGCUUGGGGGUCUGCCUUCUGGCGGGCACAGUGUCCUCAUGCAGUCCUACUCAGGGCUCCUGAGCCCAGGCUGCUGUCUGGACAGGUCUUUCCUGGUGUCGCCCUCGGCCAGGUCAAGGGCACGUCACCUCCAGUCAAGGCAUGUGUGGACCAGAGAGGCGUGAGCAGAUGCCGCGGCCCAAAGGUGGCCGGUCCCCUGUGCUCACGCAGCGUCCGCGCCUCACAAACAGUCAUGGUCUUGUCCUCAUUUGUCCUCCCUCCCACGUGGCCGUUUCUGUAAAAGCCACCAGCUGUCGAGUUCUAACUGUAGUUACACAGAGACAUCAGUUGAGCUUAGCUGAGCACGAUGGCUGUUUCUGAUGACUGUGAAAGUUUUGUCAAACUUACUGUGCCCUUUCGGAGAGAGACCCAAUAAACAAUACCAAAUAUGAA